GUGACUUUAUGAGCAAUGGAGGAAAUCUAUGUCAAAGUUGAAUAUAAACCCGUCGACCCAAGACCCUUAGCAAAUCAGACAGGUCCCACGAGCUCUGAGAGGAGAUUUCAUGGAUCUGUUGUUCUCUGUCUGGGGCUGUUCACUGUUCUCCUGCUGGUUGGACUCAUCGCCCUCAGUGUGCACUACCAUGACUCAUCUGCAGAACUCUCCAUCAAUGACAAGCUGUCCUCCAUGACUGAAGAGAGAGACCUGCUGAAUGCCAGCCUCACUGAAAUGACUAAAGAGGUGGACAGGCUUCAGAGAUUGCCCAAACAGAAGAAAACUUGCCCUGCAGGAUGGAAGAUGUUCAGUUGUACCUGUUAUCUCUUCUCCAAUAAUUCUCAUUCUUGGGAAGAAGGCAGACAAGACUGCAGAGAGAGAGGAGCAGAUCUGGUGAUCAUAGACAGUUCUGAAGAACAGGAGUUUGUCACUAAAAACAUCAGGAAGGACACCUGGAUUGGUCUGACUGACAGAGACAAUGAGGGCACCUGGAAAUGGACUGAUGGAACUCCACUGACUCUGGCGUACUGGGUGAGAGGGCAGCCUGACAGUGGUGCUGGAGAUCCAAAGUGGGGGGAAGAGGACUGUGCAAUUGUAAUAGCUGGCAAGGAAACUGAAGGAAACUGGAAUGAUCGGCGGUGUGAGGAUGCUCAGAAAUGGAUCUGUGAAAAAAUGGCUUGAGGUUUUAAACAAUAUGUUUAUAAAUAAUUUUGUUAUGUAAGUUAUGAUUACUCAAAAGGCCUUUAAUUGCAUCAUUGUACGUGUAAAUAGAAAGAGAGAAAUAAUGUACAUCAACAUGGACUAUAAAGGAAAGGAGACCAGGAAUUUAGAUCUCACUAGGAUUUUUUAACUUGGACAAUUUUGGAACAAAAUGGGAUUUUUAGCAUGUAUAUACAGAUGUAUGGCUGAUGACUACCAUCCAGUAUGCAAUGGAACUUAAUGUUCCCCCAAGUGUUGUAGCUAAUGUUAAUUAAUUAACUAUAAUGUUUGACCCUGAAUGCACUGAUAAGGAUAAUAAACAGACUCAAUGCUUUCCUCCACAGUUAUUGAAUAGAGGAAGACAUUUACUGUCACAUUCACUGCUUUUGUCAAUUCACCUAAAAAGUAUGAACCCAUAAUUAAAUGAAAUCAAAGUAAUUACUAUGACAUUACACAGUCCACACCAGAAAACCUAAUGACAAAUAACGAUUUAUACAGUAGACUUCUGUAAUUGAUUGAAUGUAAUUGAAAAUGACCUUUGACUUCUGUACUAGAUCAUUUAACAAAGCAUUACAUUGUUGUCAAACUGUUCCUGUUUUAAGUGUUGCAAUAGACAAUAGUCAUCAGGUACUUUUUUCACUUGUUACUUCUGCAAAAGAUAAACCUCAAGGAAACCAUAAAAACCACCAAGAAUGAGUUCAGUCAUUUACAUCCUCAGUGGAGGAAAUCUAUUGACAAACCUGUUGACUCAAGACUCUUUA